AAAAAGAAAAAAAAGCGGCCAACCCUCAUUCUCCGGUAGACCUUCCCAACACAUCUUAGGCCCUGGGUUUUCUCUGCCCGGCUGCAAGAAAAAAAACCCCGAGCAGGAGAGAAAAACCCACCCCCCCAAAAAUAUCCAUCAGAUCGCACAGAACUCAGAAUCGUCCUCGGUCGGCUCGAAUUUUGCGUCGGCUUCAAUCCACGGAUUCACUUGAAAACACAUUCGAAAUUCUCGCAAGGCUGGUCCCUCAACCUGCCUUGUCGCUCCCACUUCCAUCGCCCCGUCUGCGCGCUGCGAUAGCUGCAUCGUUGCGCGUAGCCUAAACACCGCAAUCAUGGCUCCCAAGAAGAAGCAGGAGGUGCAGAAGCUGUCCCUCGGGGAGUUUAUGCAGGAUACUUCCUUUGGUGGAUCCUGGGCUGAUGAGGUCGAGGAUACCUACGGAACCCAACCGCUGCCUCCAUCUGACCGACGCGGCCCCUCUCAUUUCGGCGGCGGCUUCGGCUCGUCUGACAGAGGCUCCUAUGCCCCCCCGGGAUAACUUCCCACAGCGCAUUCCCGACCGCCCGCCCUACACCGCCCACCUUGGCAAUCUCUCUUACGAUGCCACCCAGGAAAUCGUAUCCGACUUUUUCGCCGAAUGCGAGAUUGUCAGCGUGAGAAUCGUCGAAGAUCGCGAGCAAGGGAGGCCCAAGGGCUUCGGCUACGUCGAGUUUGCCUCCGCCGAUGGCCUGAAGCAGGCCCUGACUCUGGACGGAGCCUCCUUCCAGGGUCGUUCGAUCCGAGUUCGGAUCGCUGAUCCUCCGAAGGACAGGGAUGGUCGUGGCGAUGGCCCGCCCAGAGAGCUGGACUGGUCUAUGCGCAAGGGCCCUCUUGCUGAUAUCCAGACGCGCAACACCGAUCGCCGCUCAGGUCCCGGCGACUUCGGUGACCGUAGGGGCGACUUCAACGAUCGCCGCGGCGGCGACUUCAACGAUCGUCGAGGCGGCGACUUCAACGAGCGCCGUGCCGGCCGGGAGCCUGCGGAUGAUGGCAAGGUUCGGGACUUCAGUGACUGGUCACGCAAGGGUCCCUUAUCCCCGAGGCCAGAGCCCACGCAAACUUCCUCUAGGGAAGGCAGCCGCCCCCCUGUUGAGGGUGCCAGCUCCGAUUUCCAACGCCAGGACCGUCGGGCCUCGCCAGCUGCCUGGGGCGAGGGCCGCCAACAGCAGGAUGGCUCCCGGCCGCCCCGUCGCGAAUUCGUCGACCGUCCCGAGAAGACCCCCACCGCCGCUGAGAAGGACAUGCAGUGGAGGAGCAAUAUGCGCCCCGAUAACGUCAAGUCGCCUGGCCAGUCUCGCAGCGGGAGCGAGGCACCUCCUUCGCCCGCCCCGGCUGCUGCUGUGCCUGCCGGUCCAUCUCGUCCAAGGUUGAACCUCGCGAAGAGGACUAUCUCGGAGGCUCCGGAUGCCACGUCGCCAGCUCUGACUGCCACGGACUCCAAGGCCAGCCCCUUCGGUGCCGCGAGGCCCAUCGACACGGCUGCGAAGGAGCGCGAGAUUGAACAGAAGCGCGUUGCGGCUUUGCAGAAGCAGAAAGAAGAGGAGGAGCAUGCCAAGGAAGAGCAACGCCUCGCCAAAGAGGCUGCGGACAAGAAGGCUGAGGAGGAUGCGGCAGCGGCGGCGGCGGCGGCUGAGGCGGCGGAGGCGGCGGAGGCUGCAGAGGCCGCAAAGGAGACUCAAUCAACCGAGCCCGAGGCGAAGCAGGAUGAUGAGACUCCUUCGCAGCCAACAGAGGGCGCAACGCCCACGGAGCAGAAGGUCCCCAUCCGGCAGCGUGAGCCUCGGGAGCCCCUGAAGACCCGCGCGACCGAGAGCGGAAACUGGAGGCAGUCUUCAGGUCAUCACAGGGGCUCCAGGGGCUCCCCGACUGGUCCCCGUCGUGGGGGCCCGUCCAGGGGCGGCCGCCAUGAUGGACAGCGACCCCCUCGCGGCAGCGGUGGCCGUGACUCGCAGCCUUCGACUCCCAUCUCUGCGGGACCCGAGUCGACUGCCGACGAGGACGGAUGGACGACUGUUAAGAAGGCCAGGGGUGGCGCCCGUCCUAUUGUGUCCUAGAUGUGACACACCUGGACGUUGGGCAGCCACGAACCUCGUCGAACUAUCUGUCAAGAGGGUGUCUGCCCAUACUGCACACCGCGCGCCGAACCAGUUUUGGCCACCGACCUCGUUGUUAAGACGCCUUGUAACACAAAUCACAAUCCUUUCUCGUUCCGACUGCGUUGCAGACUCCACAAGCGACCGUUGCCGAAGCCUUCUUCUCGCUUUGGAUAUCCUUAGCAGCGGACGAUGCCAUCGUGCUUUUCAAAGGCGCUUAAUGUCCUCGUUGGCCAGAUUGAGUCAACCUUCGCCAUCAGCCUGGGACUGGGGUGGCAGAAUGUGCGAGCGAAUCGAUCUAACCGUGGCCACUAUCACCGCGUGGCUGUGACAUGGCUAGUGGCCUCGGAAUCGACUGGUGGCUGCCAUGAAACAACAUCGCCUGUCGUCGGCCUGAGCUCGUCCGUGGUGCCCCUGCGUCGCUAUUACAGAUAGGUCUCAUCGGCCUAGUCCAAGUAGCUCGCCCACCCUUUCGCCAUGUUCGUCCCCCCAUCCUCACAUUCUCCCGACGCCUGUCAAGCGACGGGUCUCCAUCAGCCUCCUAAAGCCGCCACGUCGGCAUACCAGGCUUAUCUCGAUGCCUCUUCCUAUGGAUUGUGCACUUUUCUCCUCGCAUGCUUCUCGUUCUUUUCCUUUGUGCUAGGGCCUGAUAGUAAGGAUUGGGUGUGGGUGGCGGCGUUUGGUACCUGCCUUUGGGCCUAAAAGAAUAUCAGAUUUCCAAGUGUUUCUGCGGAUUUUUGGUCUUCGGAUCUCUCCAUCCCCGAACGUGUGAUUUGUGUUCGUGUCCGUGUCUGCGUGGCCGUAGUGCGCUAUGUGGGAUGGGAGGGGGCGGUAAGGCAGCGAGGCAAAAAGGAGAUAUCUUGAACAGGAGAUGAUUAUAGCAUAGGCAAUUCGAAAAUCUCGUUCUGGCAAGA